AGGUAAAUAGUCGUCGGUGGCUAGUCCUUUCGUAUGUUUCGGUGCACAUAAAAGUACACGAACAAAUUUAACCUGCCACGUUAUGGACGAGUUGACUGGCUCCUGAAUAAUAAUAAUAUAUAUAUAUAUAUAUAUAGAGAGAGAGAGAGAGAGAGAGAGAGAGAAACAGAGGAAAUGGCGUCGAAAGCAGAGGAAGAGAAGGGAAAUAGCAGAGGAAAAGGAGUAAGGACAGUGAGGAUGGGUUUGGUGUUUUUGGGGAUGGCUUCAGUGGCAUGGUUGCUGCUUUGUACUUAUUCAAACUCCUCAUCUUAUUCUAAUGUACUUUUCCAAGUUUUUGCUACCAACACUUCUUUUGGGCAGGGAAUUGACGAGAUUCUACUAGAGAUGGUUCUAAGAAAUGCAUCAAUGGAGGACAAAACUGUAAUACUAACAACUCUAAACGAAGCAUGGGCAAAGCCAAAUUCAAUAUUCGAUCUGUUUCUUGAGAGUUUCCACAUUGGAAACAACACAAAGAGGCUUUUGAAUCAUUUGGUAGUAAUCUGUUUGGAUGAAAAGGCUUUCAAUCGGUGCUUGGCUUUACAUCCCCAUUGUUAUCUUCUUCGAACCAAAGGAAUCAAUUUUUCAAAUGAUGCAUUUUUUAAGACCCCGAUCUACUUAGACAUGAUGUGGAGGAGGAUUGAGUUCAUGAUUGCUGUCCUUGAGGAGGGAUACAACUUUUUAUUUACGGAUACUGAUAUAAUGUGGCUGCGAGAUCCAUUUCCACAUUUUUUUCCAGAUGCAGAUUUUCAAAUUGCAAGCGAUUUAUUCUCUGGAAAUUCCUAUGAUGUAAAUAACAAAGCAAAUGGAGGAUUUAGUUAUGUAAAAUCUAGUAAUAAAACAAUUACGUUUUACAAGUUCUUGUACUACUCUAGAAAAAUGUAUCCAGGUAAUCAUGAUCAAGAUGUGUUUAAUAAGAUAAAACAUGAUAAAUUCUUCAAAAAGAUUGGAUUACAGCCAAGAUUUCUUGAUACUGCUCACUUUGGUGGGUUUUGUGAACCUAGUAGAGAUCUUAACCUAGUUUGCACAAUGCAUGCAAAUUGUUGUAUUGGUCUAGAAAACAAAGUCCAUGAUCUUCAGAUUUUGCUUCAUGAUUGGAGAAGAUAUUUGUCAAUGAAUCCAAGUAUGCAACCACAUGCUUCAUGGAGUGUUCCACAAGAUUGCAGAACAUCCUUCCGACGUAGCCAUUCAAGAAAGAAUAUUGAUUCUCAAAAGAAGAAGAAUAAUUAGUGAUCAUGAUCAUGGCAAAGGCACCUCUCUUUGGUGAAGUGGAAGCCUUAAUUAGAUUGUUGAUUUGUCUAAGUGGAGAUAAUUCAAUUGUAAAAACCUUUUUUUUUUUUUUCACAAUUAUCUGAGUUUGAAUUUUUAAUCUCAAAAAAAAAAUUAUAUUUUUCAUAUACAUUGUAUUAUUAUACAUGUAAAACCUACAGACUAUUUGAUUUUUAGAAUAUAUGUUGGUCAUACAUUUACAUAA